AUGUCUGUUCCAGGACCCUACCAGGCGGCCCCUGGGCCCUCCGUGAUGCCAAACGCGCCCCCUUCCUAUGAAGAGACGGUGGGCGUUAACAAUUACUUUCCUGCACCACCAGGCCCGGUGCCCGGGCCCACCACGGGGCUGAUGACCGGCCCGGACGGGAAGAGCGUGAACCCUCCUGCCUACUACACUCAGCCGGUGCCUGACCCCAACACCAACGCAAUUGCUGUGCAGACAGUCUAUGUGCAGCGGCCCGUGUCUUUUCUUGACCGCCCGAUUCAGAUGUAUUGUCCUUCCUGCAGCAAGAUGAUUGUGACUCAGCUGUCCUACAACGCCGGUGUCCUCACCUGGCUCUCCUGCGGGAGCCUGUGUCUUCUGGGGGGCGUCGCCGGCUGCUGUUUCAUCCCCUUCUGCAUAGACGCCCUGCAGGACGUGGACCACAGCUGCCCUAACUGCAAAGCUCUCCUGGGCACCUACAAGCGUUUGUAGGGCUCCCAGCCCUGCAGGAAGCCCGCGCACCUCCCGGUGGACCGUCACCUGGACAGUCCCGUCUCUCCAGGGCCCACCUCUUCGUCUGCUUUUGGAGGAAGGUACCGCGAAAGGAACAGGCCUCCAAACCCCGGAACGUGCUGCACGGGACGCGCGGAGACAGUCCCCUCACGCCCGCCGGCUGCCCAUGACCCAAGUCAGCCACUAACUGUGACAGUUCCCACCUGCAUCUCGGGGUGAUUUGCCCUUGACCGGCCUCUCUUCUUGCCUCAGUGGACCUUCCUGGCGGUGGCCUCCAACCGAGAAGCCACAGCUUGCCUCAGGCGAGGUGGUCCUGUCUGAAUCCCACCACCGCUCCAGUGCCCCCACGACACAGUGUUGCCUUCUUGGCUAAGGGUUUUUGCCUCUCGGAUACUCAUUGCUGGCUUCUCCUUGGCACACACAUUCACUUUAAUGUCUUAGUUUGUUUUUAAAGAUGGGGCUCUCCAUGCCCAGCAGACGCAGUAUGGUACAGUCCUUCAUGCACAAGAAAUUGAGGGGCGGGAUCCACUCACUGAUCCCCGCACGCCCCCCUUACUGCCCCUGUAUACAGAGGACUUUUUUCUCAGAGAGGAAUUGUUUGUAUUAGUUUUUAUGACUUUGUUUGGUCUUAAAUACUUUGAACAUCAUUUUGAAAGGAGGGUUUUUUAAUAGUUACAUCAUUUUGUGCCUUUUUCCAUCUCAGUUGCAAUCCCUGUGGGCUUCUCAUCACCAGAUCGCCCAUGGGCCGUCAUCAUCACUGCACUGCCUCCCCCGACUGUUUUGACCCCACCCCCCACUCCCGAUAAGAUGUCUCUGGUAUAUACUUGCUCAUUAUUAUUAUUAUUUUCUCCCCUGG